AUGAUUUCCAUCGCAGAGACUGUUGUUAAAUGGCAUGGCGAAUUAUUUUACACAACCUGGCAUCCCAAUACCAGUCAAAUUGACUUUGUUAAGUCUUUGCUAGCAACAUCCAAUCUUACAUUCUGGGAUUUUAGCAGCUGUCAAUGGAUUCUUGAUUUUAUCCGGAAAUUUUGGCAGUCCCAGGCUGGGAUAACCCAUCAACAGAGUGUUUUGACGCGGCUUAAAGGUGAUGUCAAGCUCUCCAGGGAUAUCAUCAAGGCAUUCUUGCUGAACCUGAAUUCUGAGUUGGAUGGUUUGGUACGGCGCGAGGACCUCACAGCUCUGUGUCUAUCACAAGCAACAAACCACUUAUAUCACUUCAAUUUCGCGGAAGCACAUGAAGAAGUUAGAAAAAUUGCGAAUUUUCCAAGAACACAGGAAUACCUGCCUUGGGACCAAGUACUUUGCGUCGGCCGGAUUAUGAGAGGAGAGGGAGGGUUUGAGCAAGCAAAGACCUGCUUCAUGACCUGCCUCGGAAGUCCAGGACUGCGCAAAUCCCAGCGGUUCAUUGUUCAGUCAACCCUUGCAGAUACUUACUGUGAGUUGGACUAUCAAACGGGGAAUCGGUCUUUUCUCUCCCAGGCAAAGGAAAUCGUGGAACCAGAAACUGAACGCCUGAAAGCGUCGUCUGGUCAGCAUUUCAAAGGAUUUCGACGCUUACUCCUUUCCCUUACCGAGGUCAAAAUCAGGCAAGGCUAUUAUCGGGAUGCUGGCCUGUUAGCCAGGAAGCUAAUAGUCAUAUAUGGCAACUUACAAGAGCCAGACAUAGUGGAUCGGCUUGGUCAUGUCAGGGUACGCAUUGCCCUCGCACGUCUCUCUCUAACCGCCGAGGAUGCAUUGGAACGGUGGAACGAGGUCUUGUACUGGAAUAGAUUCUACAACCCUUUCGAGGAAGAAGUUUUCGCUUGCGGUGUUGCCCACCUUUUCCUUUGUAUCACAUGGUACAAGCUUGGAGAUAUCGACAAGAGCACGGAUAGCUUCCAGAAUGCAGUUCGAGUGAUUGAGGGGAAGCAACAUCAAUUUUUGAUCCUGGGGUUGGGUACCUAUCUUUUUCAUGGUGUGUGCGAUCAGAUACAGUCUAAGAUUGGGUGGUUUGUCACUAGUGAAAUAUCUACAGUGAACUUGAGAACAAAUUGA